GUGAGCGUGGUCUCCACGGUGCCAAGUCCUUGCGCUCCAGCGAGAGGCUGCGUUGCCUUCAGCGCUCCCCAAGGCCUCGGCAUGGAUUGUCCUUUGCUGCAGAUCCACACGUUCUGGGUGGAUGCCAAGAACUACGUGGAGCACACGCGGAAAUGGUACGCGGAAACCAUUCCCUUCCCGCUGAACUUCUUCCUGCCCAACUGCAUGCACAAGCAGCAUCUGGAGCGGCUGCAGCUUAUGUGGGGAGAUGGCUACAUGGAGGAUGAGGAGAAGCUGGAGAAGGAGCUGUACCGUGAUGCUCGGGAAUGCCUGACGCUCCUGUCCCAGCGCCUCGGGUCCCAGAAGUUUUUCUUCGGAGACGCGUACGUGACUGCGGGGCGGGUAAAGCGGGCGCAGGGCGGGAAGCGAUAGCUCUUCUGAGCUGCGA